CAGAUCCCGGGGGGACUUCCUACAGCGACCUAUCCCUAGACGAGGCCGGACGCGAUCUCCUCGACUCCGACUCUCCGUCCACCUCCCCGCCACCCCAUCACCUGCAGCCACAGCAACAGCCACAGCAACAGCAUCGAGACCUGCUGAAAGCCGAACAGUUUCAUCCUGAUCAGUACCAGAACGAGCAGGGCGCUCAGCAACAGCAGCAUCGAGAGUUACUGCAACAGCAACACGGACAGCUGCAGCCGGAAAGUCAACGCUUUCAUUCAGAGCAGUUUCAGACCCGCGAGGAAGAUCGACAGCACCAGCACCAGCUACACCAGCUGCAGCAGCGACAUCAGCAACAGCAGCAGCAGCAACAACAACAGCAACAACAACGCCAGGAGCAGCAGCAUUACCACCAGCAUUACAGCGAGCCCUCUCCCCGGGAGCAGCAUGUAGCGAGGCCUCUGGACGCUGUAGGUUAUACCCCCGCGCAGCCGCCCGCCGGGCAGUACGCGGUUCAAACCCCAGAGAGCGAGCAGUAUGACUACGUCAGCCAACAGACCCCGGUGUUGAUUCAGGAGCAGCAGCAGCAGCAGAAUAUCAUGAGGACUGGAAACGGGGGAGGAGGGGCCAGACUGGAGGAGAGUGCGAUGGUAGUGGAGGGAGGGAGAGGAGGAGGGGGUGGUGGUGGAGCAGGAGGAGGGAGGAAAGGGUGGAAGAGGAAGAGAGAGGAAUCCUCAGGAGACCACGGGGCGGCCACACCCGCGAAGAUGGACCCUAGCCAGCGAUGUGACGUAUGCGGGGAGCAGGCGAGUGGUCACUACUUUGGCGCUCUGGUCUGUCUGCCCUGUAAGAGCUUCUUCAUUCGAUGCACCAAGGACGGCCACCCAAACUUUAGCAACCAAUGCGGGGGUAAAUGUGACGUGCUCAGGGGAGGCCGGGUCAAGUGCCAACACUGCCGCUUCCAGAAGUGCAUCAGCGCUGGAAUGUACAGAAAAGAGAAACCAGAAGCUGUAGAACCAGCCGAGGGUCAGUUACUGUGCAAAGUGUGUGGAGAUAUCGCCAACGGCGUCCACUUUGGGGUCACUACCUGUGAGGGAUGUAAGCUAUCAAGAUGGGGCGACCAAAGAAAGGAGAGUUAAUGCGGAAGCCCCUUAAAAAACUGGGUGUGAAGCCAAUGGCCAAGACGUACGAGCGACCUCCGAUGACAGCCUCAAAUCGUUCUUCCGUAUCUAGCGAGUACGAGCAAGAGGAUAUAUCCAAUCCAGACGACGUGUUUGAUCAUGUGACUGCUCAAGACCAUAACAUGGCCGCAGGGCAUCAACAGAUUCCUGCACAUGUCCAUCAGCAGCUUCAACAUCACCAACCGCAACACCAGCAGCAGCAACAACCACAACAGCAACAGCAGCAGCAGGCAGGUUUCAGUUUGGGUAGCAUCCUCCACGACUGCAUGACCGUUCAGGACUGGGAUCAGAACAGUGAGAUGUCGGACAUGGAUUCCCUGCACUCUGGAGGUCACGGGGGUCAAAGGUCGAUGGUGGGUCACCCGGUAGUCAUCACGUCCUCGUCUGGGGGCAGCGUAUCUGUGGGGAGUUUGUCCGAGGAGCUGAAAACAGCGCCCAGUCCACACUUACGUCGCACUAGUCCCAGCUUGCAUCCAGACGUGCUGAAUUUACAGCAACAGCAGAUUCAGUUUCAAGGCCAUCAGCCUCAACAGCAACAACAACCACAACAGCCUCAGCAACAGCAGCCGCAGCAGCAGCAGCACCAUCAUUUACAGAUGAUGAACCACUUCCACGGGGAGUUAUCCGACCAAAUGCAACAACAACAGCAACAACAGCAGCCUGCCAGACAGGUGACACCGUUCCAGACCUCGCCUGUCUCGAUGGCGCCUCGGGACUUGAAAAUCACAGCCUCUAACAACAACAUAGACAUCAUCAGUGGCCUUGACUUCCCGGACGACCAUGACCUUCCCGUCAAUCGGCCAGUCAAAGUGGAGAACAUCACAGGAAGCCAAGUCCCGUCCUCUUUUGCCGAUGGAGAAGUGGUCCUGGAGGACAUGAAGAACCUUCAAACGUUGUGCAAAGCGGAAUUCCAUUCCUUCAACAUGCAGACGAUGCCUACAGCUAGCGGCGCCUACAGCUUGACGGACCAGCAGCGCUCGGCGUCCGUUCCCCCAGUUGGUAACACGGUUGUGCCCAUUUCCCAGCUGGAGCCCAGCGUGAGCUCUCAGAUCGUGGCUAUCAAUAUGACAUCAGAGAGUAUGAUCUACACACCGCAGCCACACGAGCAGAUUCUGGUGCAGGACGGAAUCCCGCACCUGAUACAACACCACAGCGAGCACGCUAACCCCCCGGCCAUCAGCAAGGCAGACUCCCUGGGCGAGAGCCAGCUGGAUACUCAACCACCUGAUUUAGGUCGAGGUCACGAUGAUGUUGUUCUGACCCAGCAGGGCCAUGACCCUCUCCAACGAAACUUGGAUCUCAGCCACACUCCCCUGACGCUGGAUGGAGGUCACUCGCAGGUCACCAUCAGCCGUGGCUCCGCCUUCCGACCCGAGCACCUCCCAGACGACGUCACGGUUGUCUCUCACAGCCAAGGAAACCCCUCAUCUCUUUCUACUAGUGGUGUUUUUACGAGUGUCAGCGACCCCAUACUACUACAACAACAACAUCAACAACAGCAACAGCAGCAAGAGCGACAGCAGCAGCAGCAACAGCAGCAGCAGCAACAUUAUGUUGCAGACACCAGCAUAGCCUUCACCACCACUUCCCCUCUCACGACGUCAAGGGAAGCCGGCCCUUCAGGCUCCCACACUCCGCUUUCUGCAGUCAGCGAAUCCCCCGCUCACUACCAGAAAUCGACGUCACACGCCAAUCCCCCAUCUCUUGCCCCACCCGCUCCUGUCACCCCAACAUCCAGCGUCUCACCCCCCGCUGCUGUGCAGCAGCAGCCCUCAACCCCCAGUGGUCGGAGUUCGAUUCUGGCCAUCCUCCAGCAGCAUCGAGAAGCGAUUCAGGCAGGUCGCACGGUGCAACUUUCCCCGGAGGAAAUUGAGGAGCUCUUCAACACCGUCAACGCUGAGCAGGCCCGAGCCCAAAAACUUAUCGACACCACGCAAGUCAGCCCGAAAGGUCAAAGGUCCAUCUCCGCGCAGCACAUCGCCGAUCUCAGAAGGCAGCAGAAAACGUUCCAGGUGAAUCGUGACUCGGACGAGUCCCCUGGCUUCAGUCGACUGACCCCGCCCGCCGUGGCGUCCGUGCCACAGCAUCAGUACCAGCCUCCUAGCCCUGUAGUCCAAACGUCUGGGCUCCGCCCCCAGAGCAGGCAGCUUUACAGCAACCAAUCAUCUCCCGCCUCGGAAAGCUCCGUUGAACUCCGACAACCGCAGCGGCCCCACAGCAGUGCGGGGCUCGUGCCCAUGACAAUGGCGAACAACUUCGCCACGGACAGCAACAACCUAGUAAACAACAACAAUAGCCACAAUAAUAACAACAGCAUAAACAGUAGUAUGAACAUCAACGCCAUCCAGCGGCGAUUGUACAGCCCCUCCCCCGGUCAGAUCCCCCAGCAGGUGUCUACGCCCCACCAGCAAGCCACAAUAGUGGCCGCACCCGCCGGCCAGUCCCCGUGCGGACUCUUCGACGACAGCUUCAACAGCAACAUUAUCCGGGACUCGACGCUCUUGCACGAGAUCAACCGCGUCUUCCUCGGCAUCGACAACUCGUGUGACGCCUACGGGUGCCACAGGCGAGCGGACAGCGAGGACGAGGGGCAGGAGGGUCGAAUCGACGACCGCACCGUGUUGACCAGCAUGUCUCCGGACGCCUUCACCCCGGAGGUGUCGCAUCGGUACUGGCAUGGCUUCCGGCCCUUCAGAGGGGUUGUGAGCAUGACGCCGGAGAGGCAGAAGAUUAUUCUGGAUGUGCUGGAGGCUUUUGACAACCUGCAGAAGACGUACGUCACGAAUGAGCCGGAGUAUGGCACUAAGAAGUCUCAGAACGACCAGCUAGAGCACUGGCAUCACAUCCAGCGCCGGAUAGCGCGUCACGUGGUGGCUGGACAGAGGUUCUGUCGCAACAUUCCUGGUUACUUCAAGCUGGACAUCCAGGACCGCAUCUGCCUGGGUAAGCACGUGGGCUUUGGCCUCAUGGUGCUCAUUGCCUGUACCGAGUUUUAUGACCCAGAGUUCAAAAGGUUCAAGUACAUCUGGAACUGGACCAUGCCGAUGCAGAACCCCCUGUUCUCCUACAAGGUUCAUCUCCUGUCGCUAGGCGACCGCAUCCAUGACAUCACAGUGGACAGGACAGAGGCAGCCAUGUUGUGUGCUAUCAGUAUGACCAGCAUUGACUGUCCUGGCCUGAUCAAGCCUGACAUUGUGUGUGUGGUGAGAGAUGCUCUUGUUGACGCACUAGGGGCCCACAUAGCAGCCAAGUCGGAGAAUCCCCACAGAUUGAGGAAACUGUUGUCCCUAAUGCCUCAAGUUCGUCUGAUGACCCUGUGGUACAACAAUCUGAUGAAAAAGAUGUCACUGCCGUCUGACAUGGUCAACAAUAAAAUGUCCAUGCCCAGACAACGAGAGGCAGUUGGAGCUGAGAAUACGCUGAACGUCAGCUGAAAGCCAAACAAUUGACCUCGAAGACGUUGCUUAUAGAGCAGUUUCUAUUUCAGAUAUAUUUCUGGAAUAAUUGACCUCUGAGACGUUCCUUGUAGCACAGUAUCCAUUUCCGAUAUUUCUCUGAGGAUGAUUACAAGCCGGGUAGUUGUUUUAUUCCUGGCAGAGAUCUGUGUAGUCUCAUGACUUGUCGAGGACAAAGUUUAUUUUGGGAUAAAUAAGACACACGAUCAGUUACGGUCUGUGUGUAAGAUUGACUUGUUGUUGACUUUUGACUAUUUGCAAAUCUGCUGUCUGUGCCAUUGUGGUGAAGCACUCACGAGACUUAACUGUGCUUAUAGCAGUAAUACAUAGAAACAGGAAACUCAGGAUGAUGGAAAUAACGGAGGACCCUGUGCAUUUCCUUCAAGAUCUUGUCUGCCUUUUUACUAUUUUGACGACUCAGGAAUAAAAAUGGUCGUGCUUUAGCUGAGACUGUUCUUUUUUUCUGACAAAAAAAAAAGAGAAAACAGUUAUAAUUCGUAUAUAGCUACCAAAUCUUCAACAGUGACCUCAACGUGUUCGUCAGAAACUUGCAUCCAUUGACCUCAAGGUGGUUCUACGAAAUACGUUCCAUAUAUGAUUUUUACAGACCUCGCUGUGUGCCAUAAGCAAAGCCUUCCUUCUUAAUGCGCCAAACAUUGCACAAUGCACGACUUUGAACUUUGUUUAUAUUGAUGUUUAUUUUUUAAAAAGAGCAUCUAAUCUGUUUGACGUAACCUCAUUGUCAGAUACUUUUACAGUAAAAAAGUGAUUAUGCAAAGGAUUUUCUAAACGGCAGAACUGAGAUCUGUGAGACUGCCUGAUGCUGCUUCAAGCGAGCGACUUAAAGGCUGAAGAUACCGGUUGAGUUUGUUAACCCAGUGCCAUUCUUUUAAAAGCUUUUAUUUACUACUUACGUGCCAUAUUACUUUUCUCCCCCUCCCCCCCUCAUUUUAUUUGAGUUUGGAUUUUUUCUUCCCUGUUUUACAGCUGAUUGUAUUUACAUGCCAUACAUACUUCUUUGUCAGUGUUAAAGGCCUUGUGGUUCUUCAAGCAAUCUGACUCACUGUGCCCCUGUAUUAUACUUCAUACAGUUGGCCUUCAUGCUUGCAUAGCCAACAUAUAUUUUGUUUUGUGUCUGUGUAGUGUGUAGAUGGUUUUCUUAUUAUGAUCAGUGUGUAGUUCCAAAUAGUAAUGAAAGGUAUUUUAGGUUGUAUUUUGAAUUAUGAUCAGUGUGUAUUUCCAAGAGGAAUUUUGGGUUGUUUCCUUCCUAACUGUUCUGUUUUCAAGCCUAUAAAUAUGAAUUAUGCUUCUGUAUAUUGCUUUUGCAGACCUCUAUCCAUGUUACUGCUUCACUUUGUUCAAUCAGGGGCAGGGAUAGAGAACUGACAAGAAAAGUUGUGUAAUGUUUUUGAAUUACUGAGAAGAAUACUGGCCAUGGUGCAUGAAAAGAGAACGCAAACAGGUUGAGUCUGAGCUUCGAAAAGAGUAAAACAUUUUGGGGUGUCUUGCCAUCAACAGUAAGGUUCUGUAUCAUAUGUUGAUAGAUAUCUAGUAAGGAAAUUAAAGGAAUCAUCUAAACGGACCCAAAAAUUCCACAUUGAAUUCAGUGAUAAAAGUAGAUAAAAUCAGUUAAAUUUAUUUCCUACUAAAAGAAAAGUCUGUUCUUUAAUUGGCCACUUUGUACUUGACACUGUCAAAAUUUGAUAAGACUAGAAUGUUUAUAACCUUGUACUGAUAGGGCAGUUAAGACAUCUCAAAAGUAUGACUCUUCUACACGAGAUGACAUCAUUUUUGCUGUUGGUAGAACCCCAAUAAGUUGCUAUUAUAGAGACAUCUUAUAGAUAUUAGUUACAAGUGGGACAUAAAGUCACUGAGAUUUAUCACACAUCAAUUGACUCAUGAAAAGAAAAAAAAAUAA